AUGGCUGAUAUCAUCAGCAAUUUUCCGAACGACAUCCUCUGUUACAUUCUAUCUUUUCUUCCAUCUCAACAAGUUGUUGCAACCAGUGUUCUCUCCAAGCGCUGGAACCUUCUAUGGCGUUCUGUUCACUCUUUCGAUUUCGAUUUCGGCUACCAUGGCAGAAGUAUUGACACCUACGAAGUUGACUACUAUCGUUUUCUCUUCUCAAUGUCCUCUUUUCUGGUUUGGCGUGACAGAAACCAACCCCUCCAUAGAUUUCGCCUCAGUUGUGCUGAUAUUUUCAACAACUUCACCUCAAAGUCGAUUAAGACUGCAGUGAGUGGAUUUGGUAGAGUUCAACACAUUGACCUCAAUCUGGAUUCGCAAAUGGUCAUGCCCUCGGUCGUGUUUACCUGCAAAACUCUUGUAGUUCUCAGAUUGGCUCACAUAACACUGAGCGAAAUUUCCUUUGUCGAUUUGCCCUCGCUUAAAAUCUUGCAUUUUGAUUUUGUUAGUGUAUCGAAAGAUCUGAAUUUUUCACAGCUUCUCUCUGGGUGUCCUAAUCUUGAGGACUUGGAGGUCAAGAAUAUGGUUUGUGAAAGUAAAGGAACGUUCGUCAGAUUGCCCAAGUUGGUCAGAGCCAGCAUCGAUGAACAUUUACUUCCAUUGGAAACUGUUAAGAAUGUUGAAGUUUUGUUCAUCGAUUGGAUAUGUCCACGAAAUUUGGAUAUUGACUUUCCGAAUUUAGUUCAACUUCAAUUGAUUGUGCGAUUUAGGGAGGAUUGGCCUGGGGUUUUGAGAGUGCUCAAGCAUUGUCCUAAGCUUCAAACUCUUGUCAUUUGCAUUAACAAGAUCAAUCCUGAAUUAUUUGUAGCAAGCUAUAAAGAAGAAGAUGUUCGGCCAUACCAACAAAGUGUUCCUGCAUGCAUUUCAUCACACCUUAAAUCCUGCUGUCUUAAAGGAUACAGUGGUUCUGUAGAUGAGUUUCAAUUUGCAAGAUAUGUUAUGGAGAAUGCAAAAUAUCUAAGAACCAUGAAAAUCUGCAUUUUUGGGGGAAAGAUUAAUAUGAUAAGAGAAUUAUUCUCGUUCAUAAAGAGAUCAGAUAUUUGUACACUUUCAUUUGGAUACGGUUAA